AUGGCUGCCAUCCGAGCCCUGCAGCAAUGGUGCCGGCAGCAGUGCGAGGGCUACCGGGACGUCUCCAUCACCAACAUGACCACCUCGUUCCGGGACGGGCUGGCCUUCUGUGCCAUCCUGCAUCGGCACAGGCCGGACCUCGUAAACUUCAAUGCUCUCAGUAAAGAAAACAUUUAUGAAAACAACAAGUUGGCAUUCCAAGUGGCGGAAGAGAAGCUGGGCAUCCCUGCCCUGCUGGACGCAGAGGACAUGGUCGCCCUAAAGGUUCCCGACCGACUGAGCAUCCUGACCUACGUCUCUCAGUAUUACAACUACUUCCAUGGGCGGUCUCCCAUUGGAGGGAUCGCAGGCGUGAAGCGGCCCCCGGAAGACUCCAAAGAGCAGCCAGUGGGGAAGAAGGUCACCUCGGGGCCCAUCCAGCCCACCCCCACCACCCCAUCCCCUGGGAAGCCAUUGUCUCCGGCCCGCACAAACCCAGCAGUCCCCACGAAGAGUGUGGUGAAGGAGUACCCUCCGGUGAAAGCCUCCGUCGGUGGGUCAGACCGAAGCCAGGGCACCGUCAGCAGCGACUGUGCCGUUUGCGGGAAGCAUGUGCACCUAGUGCAGAGGCAUCUGGUCGACGGGAAGCUCUUCCACAGGAACUGUUUCAGGUGCAAACAGUGUUCCAAUACCCUGCACUCGGGCACCUACCGUCCUGCAGAGGAGCCUGGCUCAUUCCUCUGCAUCAACCACCACCCCAAAGCAUCCACCGCACCUGCCUCCUCUCCCGUCAAUGCCAAGAGGCUGCCAGCCCCAACACCGACUCCCCGGGGCCAGGCUGGCCCUGUGGACAUCACCCGCUCAGGGUUCCAGACGCCAAAGGCCUGGGAAUCAGAGAAAGCAGGGGAGACUGGGCUGAGGACGCCGGGCUACAGGCCCGCUGGCAACGGUGCCCCAGAGUCUUUGGUGCACCCGAGCCCGUGGAGCCUGACACCACAGACUGGCAGUACCUCCCCCUCUGCCUCCCCCCGGCUGAAACCGCCGCCCUCCAGCUUCCAGUCGACCCCCAGCUUCUCCAAAAGCCACGUUGCCCGGGACUCCUCACCUCCCACUAGCAGAGCUGUCAAGGUCCCUGCACGUUCCCCCGUGGGGUGGCCCCCCACCGCUCAGGGCAGAUCCGCCACCCAGGUCACCCCCUCUUCGUCCCCCUGGACCGCUUCCGCAGUCAAGACCCAGCAAGCCCGGGAGAAGUUCUUCCAGUCAGGCAGUUCUGGGACACCAGCGGGCCAAGCCCCAGCUGCCCGGGACUCCGGCCUGGCACCACUGCCCUCCCGGGGGGCCAAUGGCGUGGGUGGUGCGGGCGAACCUCCUCGCAGCAGCUCCCUUGCAGAUGACAACAGGAAAGACCAAGCCCGCAAUGUCAUCCUGAAGAAUCUGCCGGGAGGAAGUUCUUCCCCACACGGGAGAGUUGGGCCCAGUCCCCAGGGGCCCACCAGAUUGACUUCAUCUGCCUCGCCCAGUCCCAGUCCUGAAGCAGAGGGCCCCAGAGGGAGCCCCACAGCAAAGCAGGAGGCCGCCUCUACCCGUCCCAGACUGGGAGGGUCCCAAGUUUCCCUGCAGGGGACCGGCGCGAAGAGCCCAGGCUCUGGCAGCUCAACCAGUUUCAGCACCACAGCAGGGCAGAAACGGGAGAGCCCCAUGUCGCCACAAGGUCAGGGCUCCUGCUCCAGUAAGGAUAUUGGUGGUGGUCCUGAAGGAUGGAGAGCCAAAUUAAAGCCUGUGGAGAAAAAGUCUAGGGCUGAAAAAAAAGUUCUAGACCCAAAGGAGAAGAGCAGGCCAGCAGAAGAAAGCGGAAUCGGUGUCCUGAAAAAAUCCCCCGGCAGCUCUGUGGUGACCAUCCAGAUCAAUGUGAUCCCAGCACAGAAGGAGCUCAGAGUGGCCCCAGUCAGCCCUUCUCCUCCUAAACUGAGACCCGGCCUGACAGCCUCGUCCCUCUCCCCGGCACAACCAAGGAAGCGACUUAUUCCCCAGAACCUGGACCUUUCCAGUCAUUGGCUGAGCCCCGAGCAGAAGUGGGAAGAAAGUGUGCUUCCCUCUGGAAAGGAACAGUCCAGCUGGAGCACCGGUGCAGGCAGAACCUCAUAUCUGCCAGACCUCCAAAGUCAUCCCAGGGAGGAGGUGAAGUCUCCAGGCAAGUUCCACCCGGACUACGUGCCCGAGGAAGAGAUCCAAAAGAAGGUCUUAGAUAUCGAGAAAGAGCUGGACAUGCUGGAGCUGCAGGGUGUGGAGCUGGAGAAGCGGCUGCGGGAGGCCGAGGGAGACGAGUCGGAGGACGCGCUCAUGGUGGAGUGGUUCAAGCUCAUCCACGAGAAGCAGCUGCUGCUGAGGCUCGAGUCGGAGCUGAUGUACAAAUCCAAGGACCAGCACCUGGAGGAGGAGCAGUUCAACAUUGAGGGAGAACUUCGGCGCUUGAUGGCCAAACCAGAUGCUCUGAAGACCCAGAAGGAGCAGGAGCAAGAGCAGGAGCUGCUGGUCCAGUACGUGAGCACCGUCAACGACCGCAGCAACAUCGUAGACUGUCUAGACGAGGACCGGCUCAGGGAGCUGGAGGAAGACCAGGUGCUGCAGGAUAUGAUCCAGAGGCUGGAUCUUCAGCGGGAUGGGUCUGACAGGAAGAAGAAGCCCAAAUUCCAGUGGUCCAAGAUCUGGGGGCAGAAGAGUAAAAGCAAGACUUCAGAGUGAAAGUCUACGCCGACAGUCCUGCCGCUACCUCUCCGCCAGCCGCCCUCUCCGCCAGCCGCCCUCUCGUUGCAUGGAGUCGGGUCUGGGGGCUGAGGGGGAGUGGGAAAGGCCCUGCAGAACUUGGUUAGCAGCAGGAGAGACUCAGGAAGGGGCAGCAAAUAAUCCAGAGCUUCCUGGGCCUACUAGGGGAGACCUGGAGGCAGAUGGUCAUGGGGAGGGGUGGAGUCCAGGCAAUGGGCUGGCUUCCUCGUGUCUGGCAAGGCGCAGAGACUUUGGGGGCCAGAUUUGAUCCCUUCACUUUCAGCAGUCCCCUGGGAACCCCAAUAAAACCAGAACUGAAUGAACCAA